GUACGGUUAACCCUCAAUAUCAACUUCCGCGUGAACUUCAUUUUUCAAUGUUGUGACAUUACGGUUUUGCUUGCCUUAGAAAGCCGACGUGAUACUGAAAAUGUAAUACAUUUUAUUUUGCUCUUUCUAUCACUUGGAUUAAAAAGGAACUGGACCGCACAGUACUGGAAACCGAAGAUAAGAGUCAGAAUGACGAGUGCACCGCCAGUGCCGUUUGAGGAAGUGCGGAGGAGAGCAGAGUCGCUCCUGUCCUCCACAGGUAACGCCCAGGCCGUGAAGGCCGAUGUCCAAAUCAUGGCCAACACCCCCCUCUACCUCUCCGACAAGUUCCAGCACGUCACCGCCCAGGCCAUGGUGACAGAGAACAUCACAGGGCACAGCUGGCAAGAGGUUCUGGAGUCUUUGAGCCGGCUAUUUAAGGCUCUGAGCAUCUUGGAGAAGUAUGGCUGUAACCUGACUAGUCCCAGCAGGCCCAGGUACUGGCGCAGUGUCAAGCACAACAACCCGGUCUUCCGGGCCACCGUGGACGCCAUCAAGCAUGGCAGGUCGGUUCUUUUUCUCUAUGGAUACACCAAUCAGCAGCCAGACGGCCUCAGCUUCCCUGACGAUGUCACAGAUCCAGAUGUCGGGAAGGUUGCUGCGGUGACCAUUGAGGUCAUGACCCUGCGAAUGGAACUAGACAUGCUCAUCAAGGGUACCCAUGAACACCCAGAAACCUACAGCGACAUCAUACCCUACCUCGGCACACAGAAGACAUACCAGGCCGAACCGGAGCUGAUGACGGACGCUGUGAUCAUCUCUCCCGGGGAAGGGCACGGGGACCGGGCCAAAGACCUCCAGCCGCUAUCCCCCCAGCCUGCUCCCAGUCCUGGGCUUGGGCCGGCACCUGCCACUCCCAGAGAAGGUGGGUGUAACUUGUGCGGUGCCCCCCCCCCUCUCUUGUGCCCCCCCUGUGGCUCCCUUCGCUUCUGUCAGUCAUGUGACCUCAUAUACCACCGCCACCCAACCAGAGCCACCCACCGGCGAAUCAGAGUACAGGAGACCUGUUCCAUUUGUGGUGUGUCCCAAGUCUCCGCCCACUGCUCCACCUGUUCUCAGAGGCUGUGCCUGGAAUGUGACAGACUGUACCAUUCUCACCCUGACCGCGGGGGCCACAACAGAACGGUGGUCAACCCCGCCAAACCAGUUUUAAGCCACUCCCUGUCUUCAUGGGAAUGCGCCCAGUGCACGACAGUCAACGAGGUGAAGGCAGUGCUGUGUGUGACCUGUGAACGACCCCGCCUGGCCUCGGCCUCCAUCACCGUGCAGGAAGACCCGUCACAAUCACCGUCCAACACAGAGUGGGGCUGUAAGAGUUGUACGGUGGUGAAUCAAGGCAGCAGUGUGCUGUGCGAGGUGUGUGAGCGCCCCCGCCUGGCCACCCCGCCCUGCGUCACGCCCGUGUCCACCGCGCCACACACGCCAGGACACCCAGGAGACGUCCAGGCAAGAAAGUGGGUGUGUCAGUUUUGCACCUAUGUGAACAACCAGCUCGCGGCGGCCUGUGAGAUGUGCAACAUGUCAUGUAAAGACCCCGCCCUCACAAGCCCCAAGUUCCUCCUCCUCCAGUCCCCCAUCAAAGAGUUAGCCCCGCCUUCUGUGACAGCUGUGGCCACGCCCCUGAUGCCUUCCAGGGACCACUUGAACGUCAAGAGACAGAAGCAGAUGAGGGACGAAGGGUUGAACCUUGUCCAACAAAUACGAGAAGGGGAGAAGAAGGGGGUGAGCCCAGAAGAGAUGUACGCAGCCCUCUGCAUUUCCAGGGGCAGCAACGUCAACCCCUGCGAUUGGCUGACAUCGGAGCUGCCCCACGUCCUGGAUGAGAUUUGUGCCAUGGCGGCCUCAGCAGCCUUGCAGAACUACAAAUCCGGGGGUUCUGGUACGCAGGGCGGCGCUGGGACGGAUGGGCUGUCGGCGGAUUUGCUGGGGGAGGGGGUGCAGCUGUCCAGGGUGGAGGCUAAGCAGGCCUGGGUGGCAGCGGGAGGCGACAACGAAAGAGCCGUGCGACAGCUCCUCAGAGAGCGACAGGCCAAGAUGCUUGAGUUGCGUGCACUGGGCUUCCGGGAGGCGUCCAAGUGUGAGGAGGCCCUGCGUCUGAGUGGAGGAGAGGUGCGGGGUGCUCUAUCUCUGCUGCAGCGCCCCCUCCUAGAGCCGUUCCACCAGCGCAUCUGGAGCGACCAGCCAGAGGCCCCGAUCGACGCCAAGAACCCUGACAAACAGCGGAUGUGUCGGCGUCUGCUGGCGCUGUACGAGUUGCCCAGCUGGGGGCGCUGUGAGCUGGCCCUGUCCCUGCUCCAGGAGCCCGAGGCCCAAUACUCCCUGGAGGAUGUCAUCCAGGCCGUCCGUGAGUCCCAGGACAGAGAGUUCCUCCGCCGCCUGCUCAACAACGAGUGCCCCUGCUGCCUCAGCGUGUUUCCCCACAGCAAGAUGCGGUCCCUGACGUCGUGCCAGUGCUCUGUGUGCCAUGAGUGUUUCACGCAGCACUUCACCGUGGCCGUGAGGGACAAGCACAUCCGGGACAUGGUGUGUCCAGUGUGCUCAGGGCCUGACAUCAAUGACCCCGAGCACCUGGACAGCUAUUUCUCCACCCUGGACAUCCAGCUGCGAGACUGUCUGGAUCGGGAGGUUUACGAGCUGUUCCACAAGAAGCUGACGGAGCACGCACUGAUGAAGGACCCCAUGUUCCUGUGGUGCUGUCACUGUACCUUUGGGUUCAUCUAUGAUGGGGACCAACUCAAAGUCACCUGUCCUACGUGCUUAAAGAGCUUUUGUAACCAGUGCAAGAAGCCUUGGGAACCACAGCACCAGGAUGUGACCUGUGAGCAGUUCCAGCAGUGGAAGAGAGAGAGCGAUCCUGACUACCAGAGACAGGGACUGGCUGGGUUCCUGCGCGACAAUGGCAUCACCUGUCCCCAUUGCAGGUUCCAGUAUGCCUUGACCAAAGGAGGCUGCAUGCACUUCAGCUGCUCCCAGUGCAGAUAUCAGUUCUGCAGUGGCUGCAACAAUCCCUUCCACACUACGGCCUGUAAAACGGCCCAGUGUAAGAUCACAGGACUCCACGCUCACCACCCCCGCGACUGUCUCUUCUACCUGAGGGACUGGGAGCCUGCCCAACUGCAGGCCCUGCUGCAGAGGAAUGCGGUUGAGUUCAAUACAGAACCCCCUAACGGGACGCAGACCGAUGCAUGUGGAGUAAUGCUGCAGAAGGAAGAGGGGGGACAACAGAUUGACUCACCGUGUGGAGUUCAAACGCUGGUGGGGCAAGCUGGACUGUGCGAUAAACACUACAGAGAAUACCUGGUGAGUCUCAUCAACGGACACAGCCUGGACCCCGCUGUUCUCUACAACGAGCAGGAGGUGGCGGUGGCCUGUCAGAGGUACCAGGUGGAGGUGCUACAAGGGGAAGGGGAGGACGACAGGGCGUUCCAGGCUCGGCAGCGGAAGAAGCUAAUGGAAGUUCCACUCGGAGAAAAGGUUCCCCGGAUAAGUUGAAGAUUGAUUUUAAAGACUUUAACAAGGAAGGUUUUUACUUGUAAACAGCAUCCCACAAAGUUGUGUUUCAAACCUCCCACCACAUACCAUUACCAACCUAGCUAUUUUAUAAGGUCUUGUUUAAAUUCCUUAGAUGAAAUCAUUUUAACCACUACACAUCUACCAGUACUGUAACAGUAAUGUGCCCACAUUUCCUGUUUGGGGACAAAGCUGCACCUAGAUUUAAAAUGCAUUCUGGGAUUUUUGGCCACUUGUUAUAAUCGCAGCGCUGUCAAGACAAUACAAGUCCCAGAAAAUGGUCAUGUAUAUUAGCUUUAUGUUAUCCAAAUCACUCACGUUGAAUGUCAUGACAAACUGAGGUUUGAUAAGAAUUUUAGCUGAUGCACAUACAAACAAGACUUUACACAUCCUGGCCAAAAUGGGAGGUUUACACAUUAACAUUGGUUUUUAAGGAUUAUUUUUUAAUCAAUAAACAGUAUACCAUAUAUAUGAAAAGUGGCUCCUAAUCCAGUACCAGAUCUUCCAUUUCUGAGGUCCUGUACCUGUGGUGGUGUAACUUUCCCCAGCUCUAAGGUAUAGGGCCUCAGAACUAAAAGAUCUGGUCAGGGAUUUUGAACCACCCAAGAUCCUUUUAAAUACUGCACUAAACAAUGUAAGAACACACAAAGUGAAAGUGCCUGUCAGGAUGUUCAAGAUGACAAUCCAUAUUUUUCGCCAGGGUUUAGAAUGUUUAACAGGAUUAUACCAUGCAAUAAAUUAUUUUAUUGAUUUAAAAGU